GGGGUACACCCCCUAAUGCUCCGCAAUGGAGUACACAACAAAAUUCUCAGCAAUGGGGAGCAUAUCAGAAUACACAACAAUGGAGGAGUUCAUCACCGGUGGCUCCAAAUUGGGAUUCAUCAUCUAAUCAUUCACAGUGGGGUUCAUCGCCAAAUACUUCACAUUGGCCUUCUUUGACGAAUGUUCAACAUGGAUUUCCGCUUGAAACGCAAACUAGAAGUACAACAAAUCCUCAGCAAGGAUCAUCAAGAAGGGAAAUACCAGAAACACGUAAAACUGGAGGAUUAUUUAACAUAUGGGGAACCCAACCAGGACCUAAUUUAAAUGAAACUCAUCAAAGCGAUGAUGAUUACGCUUAGUUAGUAGCUUGAAUGCUUUUAUAAUAAUGAUGAUGUUUGGUGUUUGAUUUAAGUUUUUUUUUAAUAUUUGUUACUUUUAUUAUGUGUAAUACGAUCAUUUUUCUUAUUUUUAAUCAAUCUAAUACCUUUUAAAAUUUUUUUUGUCAAAAUAUAGGCUUUUCGCAUAUGUCAACUACGAGCACAAAGAAUUCAAUUUCUAAGUUAUGAAGAGAGAAUUGAGUUAUGGAAUUUAGAGAACGCACAAUUUGAAGAGUUGAUUAUUGAACCGGCAUUGAGUUAUUAUAAUCGAUAUUUUGAAAGAGGACAAGUCCAAACAGAUAUUGGGAUGGGAUGGAAAAAUAUUUGGCAUCGAUUACAAGAAGAUCAUGCUGCUUGUCUUCAGUUACUACAAAUGUCACUUGACUAUUUUAGAACUUUGUGUCAUAAACUGGAGACAACAUAUGGCUUACGACCAACAUUGAAUGUAAGCAUCGAAGAGAGUGUGGCCCUGGUUUUACGAAUAUGUGGACACAACGAAGUUCAGCGGGAUGUUGGAUUACGAUUUGGACGAAAUCAAGAAACAGUGAAGAGAAAGUUUUUUGAAGUGCUUAGAGCAACUGAGUUACUAGCUUGUGAUUAUAUCCACACUCCAACAACGCAAGAACUACACAGGAUUCCUGACCGAUUAAUGGAUGGGAAAUAUUGGCCUUUUUUUAGUGGAUUUGUCGGGGCAAUGGAUGGUGUUCAUGUAUGUGUUAAGGUAAAGCCAGAACUACAAGGAAUGUAUUGGAAUCGACAUGACAGAACAUCAUUUAACAUAAUGGCAAUAUGUGAUCUGAAUAUGUUGUUCACAUAUGUUUGGAACGGAGCACCAGGAUCUUGUCAUGACACGGCUGUUCUUACGAUGGCGCAAAAUAAUGAUCCUGAAUUUCCUUUGCCACCCGCAGAUAAAUAUUAUGUGGUUGACUCUGGUUAUCCAAAUAAACAAGGUUUUCUUGCUCCAUAUAAAUCUUCACGAAACAUGGUUGUUCGGUAUCAUAUGUCACAAUUCGAAAAUGCUCCUCCUCCUCGGAAUAAGCAUGAAUUUUUUAACCGGUGGCAUGCAUCUUUGCGUUCUGUCAUUGAAAGGACAUUUGGAGUUUGGAAGAAGAAAUGGAGGAUUAUUUGUGAUUUUCCAAGAUAUAAUAUUGAAGUGCAGAAGAGAGUGGUGGUUGCUACAAUGAGUUUACACAAUUUUAUCAGAAUUUCAAAUUUUAUCGAUGAUGACUUUGCGGAGACAUUAGGACAAUCACCUACUGAUAACGUUGAUUUGGAGCAUAAUUCAAAUGAUAUGGAAACAAUUGUUACACCUGAAGGCGAUGCAAUGGCGAAUAUAAGAGAACAAAUUGCAAAUACAUUAUGGGCAAAUAAAAACCGUAUGUAUUGAUUUCUUUGAUUAUUGAAUUUGGAUUUUUUAUAUGUUUAAUUUGAAUUUACAUUAGUUUUGAAUUUAUUUGAAUAUUUAAAAAUUGAUCUUCUAGUUACCAUUUAAGCAAACAUAAGAAUACUAUUUUUUCUGCAAAAUAAACAAAAUUAUUUUUAAUCAUUCCAAAUCAUAUAUAUAUAUAUAUA